AUGGUGACUUGCAUGUUGGGAGGUGCUGGACAAGAUGUUUGCGGUGUGCGUGUGAUCCACAGUCCAGCAUCAGUGGGUGGUGCAGGGGAUUCAUUUGGGAGCAGGGACCUGAAGUCGGCACACCCAGCAGCCAUGGCAGAUCGCGACGAGAGGAAGCGCAAGUCAAAGAGUGCCACAGUCGGUGGCUACCCAAUAAGCAUCUUCUUCAUUGUGGUCAAUGAGUUCUGCGAGCGUUUCUCCUACUAUGGCAUGCGAGCCGUGCUGGUGCUGUACCUCACAUACUUCCUGAAGUGGAGUGAUGACUUCGCCACCACUAUCUACCAUACCUUUGUGGCUUUGUGCUACCUGACACCCAUCCUGGGAGCCAUUGUGGCGGAUUCAUGGCUCGGCAAGUUCAAGACUAUUAUUUACCUGUCCAUCGUUUAUACGGCUGGUCAGGCUGUCCUGGCAGUGAGCGCCAUCCAUGACAUCACAGACACAAACAAGGACGGCACCCCCGACAACAUGGCCCUCCACGUAGCUCUGUCCAUGCUGGGCUUGAUGCUCAUUGCUCUGGGAACAGGAGGCAUCAAACCCUGCGUGGCUGCCUUUGGUGGAGACCAGUUUGAAGACCAUCAGGAGAAGCAGAGAAGCACCUUCUUCUCCAUCUUCUACCUGUCCAUCAAUGCUGGCAGUCUGCUGUCCACUGUCAUCACCCCCAUCCUUAAAGCUCAGGAGUGUGGUUUUUACAAAAAGCAGCUGUGCUACCCCCUGGCCUUCGGUGUCCCUGCUAUUCUCAUGCUGGUUGCUCUGAUUGUGUUCAUUGUUGGCAGUGGUAUGUACUACAAGGCUGCCCCUCAAGGCAACAUCAUGGUGAAAGUCUGCAAGUGCAUCGGGUUCGCGCUCAUGAACCGCUUUAACCAUCGCUCUCCUGCGUACCCUAAGAGAGACCACUGGAUGGACUGGGCUGAGGAGAGAUAUGAUAAACUCCUGAUUGCGCAGGUGAAGAUGGUGCUGAAGGUGCUGUUUCUCUACAUCCCUCUGCCCAUGUUCUGGGCUCUCUUUGACCAGCAGGGCUCUAGAUGGACCCUCCAGGCGACCACCCUGGACGGUGACUUUGGACUUCUCAUAAUCCAGCCCGAGCAGAUGCAGACUGUCAACCCUAUCUUGAUCCUCAUCUUGGUGCCCAUCAUGGACAGCGUGGUCUACCCGCUGAUUUCCAAGUGCGGAUUAAACUUCAGCCCGUUAAAGAGGAUGACUGUGGGCAUGUUCUUCGCCGCUCUCGCGUUCGUCGCUGCAGCCCUGGUCCAGAUACAGGUUGAUAAAACCCUGCCUAAGUUCCCAUCGAGCACUGAGGGCCAAGUGAAGUUCAUCAACAUGCAGGACAAAGUGCUGGACUUCAAAACUAAUAACAAAUCGUUUAAGUUAGAGCCUUACACGGCCGAGGGGAAUUACAUAACCUAUGAUGAACCAUUUACGCUGAAUCUGGGGCCUGGUACCGAUGAAAAGAUCAGUUUACAGGAUGGCACUCGCAGUACCAUGGUCUUCCUUCAGAAUGAGUCCCUACCCACGUAUAGAAUGUUCGGGGACAUCAUAUCAAAGCCGGAACUGGGCACUAAUGCUAUCAGAUUUCUGAAUGGUUUUAACUCCAGUUUGAAUGUAACCGUGGGUGAUCUGAGCCUUGACCGCCUUAGCCCCCAAAACAUGUCAGAAUAUCUCUUGGUACCACAGGGAAAUGCACAUUUCAAUAUCAGGAACGAGAUGGAUGAACAGUGUGACUACAGUCAAAAGCUGGGCUUCGGCAGCUCUUUCACCUUGAUCAUCCUGCCAAAUUUCACAUUUGCAGAAGGCUGCUCACAGAGCAUCCGACCGGUGUUGGACAUGGAGCCUAACUCCUUCAACAUGGCCUGGCAGAUUCCUCAGUAUUUCCUCAUCACGGCAGGAGAGGUCGUCUUCUCUGUCACCGGCCUGGAGUUCUCCUACUCACAGGCGCCCAGCAACAUGAAGUCUGUGCUGCAGGCUGGUUGGCUGCUAACCGUUGCUGUAGGAAACAUCAUUGUGCUCAUUGUCGCUGAGGCGGCAAAGCUCCCAGACCAGUGGGCAGAGUACAUCCUCUUUGCCUCUCUGCUGGUGUUCGUGUGCAUCGUCUUUUCCAUAAUGGCCUAUUUCUACACCUACAUCGACCCGACCAAGAUAGAAGCCCAGUUUGUCCAGAUGGAGCCUGAAGAGAAGGAGAGGAGGAAGAGUUUGGAGAUGGUCAGCAAGGACAGAAGGAGCUCUGACUCCAGCUCCGACGAGGAGGAAAGCAAACAGACCAGGAUCUAA